AUGGGAGCGUGUACAGAGCCAGGGCCGUUGGAGCGCGACAGUAGAUGUUCGUCCACGCUAAGCCCGCCUUUCCUUAGGUCGCAGCCUCACUCGCACCACUCCUCCAGACACAGCAGCGCCCACCCGCUCACCGCGUCGUCGCACUUCGCGUCGCCGUAUGCGUCCGUGCUCUGCGCCAUCUCGCUCAGCCCCACCGCGUCGUGGCCGCGCCUCACCAUGCGCAACUUUGGACUGCCGCGCCUGUGGUUGCUGCUAACCGUCUUCACCGUCGCGUCGCUGGGGCUCGUCGCCGUGCGGUUGCACCCUGCGAAACCGAGAGUAGCGGCGGUUCCAGCGAGGGCCGCGAGAGUGAUAACGCUCAAGGAGGUGCUUGACGGUGCAUUAACGGCCGCCGGCGGCGAUCCGUCGGCAGCGGCGGCGCUAGCGGCGGCGUUGGAAGAGGAGUACGGCGGGCCCAGCGGGCUACCCGACCCGGAUCGCCCGUUCCCCGAGGCGCCGCAGCAGUUGACGGCGGGGGCAGAGGAUGGCGGCGACGGCAAGUCGGCUUCCGGGAAUGUGGUGGAGGCGUCGGUGGCGUCGUCGCUGUCGCGCACGGUGAUCGUGACGGCGCUGUCGGAGGCGUGGGCGCCCAUGAUGCGCUUCUUCCUCGACCGCCUCCGCCUCGUCGAACAGCAGGGGCGCGCGGAGGGGGAGGCGGAAGCGGAGGGGGGGCUGAACCGGCUGGUGGAUCGACUGGUGGUGGUGGCGUACGACGACGCGAGCUUCGACGUGUGCUGCUCGCUGGGGCUGCACUGCUACUUCGACUGGCAGGACGACGCCGAGGAGAAGGAGGACUUCAGCGGCGACCAGAAACACUUCAUGACGCCCGCUUACAUCCACCUGGUGUGGCGGAAGGUGCACGUGGUGCGCAGCAUGUUGGCGCAGGGCUACGACGUGGUGUUCACGGACAACGACAUUCUCUGGCUGCGCAACCCGCUGCCGCACCUGCUGCUCGCCGCGCCCGAGGACAUGCACAUGAGCGUCGACUGGUGGCACGCCGACUCGCGCAAGGUGAUGGGCAACGGCGGCUUCUACGCGGCGCGCAGCAACACGCGCAUGCUCAAGUUCUUCGACGACUGGAUCGCCUGGCACAAGCGGCUACCGAAGCACCGCAUCCAGCAGAUCUUCGACUGGAUCCGCCCCGAGGCCAACCCCUUCACGCGCACCGCCACGCCGCUCACCGUGCGCUACCUGCCCACGGCGCACUUCGGCGGGUUCUGCGAGAUGGGCGCGCGGAUGGCGGAGCUGGUGACGGUGCACGCCACGUGCUGCUUCGGACUCGACUCCAAGCUGCGCGUGCUGCGCAAGGUCGCCGCGGACUGGGACUGGAUGCGCGCGCUGCCCCACGACGUGGGCGAGCGGCUGGAGGAGCACGGGUUCACGUGGCAGAGACGCUCCCGCUCUGCGGGGGCAGCAGCGCAUCUGCAGGUGAAGGUGGUGUGGCGGGCAGCAGAGCAGCAGGCACGGGGUGGGCCAUGGGGCAUGGCUCGGGGCUGA